UGUGGAGAAAAUGACAGCCCAGCUUCGUGAGUCUGUGAGAGGCUGAAGUGCCUGUUCACUGUUGGCUCGGAGCUGACAGUGGUUAUCACUCAAAGAGCAAACCUUCCUUUUCGCUCUUUCUUUCUCUCACCCCUCCCCUCCUCUCCCGCCUUGUUCGAAAUUCAGACGAAUUGAUUCCAGCGCCGCUUAUCUGGAUGAAAUACUUUGUCUUCGUGGCGUGCCAAGAUUUCUCGAGAGAGAGAGAGGGAAAAUCUCGAACUUGUUGGGAAAAAGAACGCCGAGAGGCUGUGAAACACUUCCUGUGUUUGACAGGAGGAUGGAGGGAAGCCUUCAAACUUAAGCCCACUGCUUCGUCUCUCACUUGCUGCUAUUUGUUUUAAAGAGGGAAGGGGAAACCCAUUAUUUUGAUUUUCGACUCCCCAUUCAGACCUUUACCGAGGACUCGGAGCGAGGCACCAGAUUGGAUCAUUCUGCCGGAGAUGUGUGACAUGAUUUCAGAGCAGUCGACUGAGAAAAUCGGCAGAAUGAAAAAGUUGAGAAGAACUUUGUCUGAAAGUUUCAGUCGUUUAGCCUUGAAGAAAGACGACAAUAACUUCGAUGAGAUAUGUGUCGCAAAGAUGUCCACACACAAUUCCCAGGCCGUCGAUUCAGUCAUCAAACCACUGGACACCAUCCCUGAGGACAGAAAAGUCAGAGUGCAAAGAACACAGAGCAGUUUUGAUCCAUUUGACAAACCAACAAGCCAAGUGAAGAGGGUUCACUCUGAGAACAAUGCUUGCAUAAACACAAAGUGCUCGUCUAGUGGUAAAGAGUCUCCAAAACUGAGACGACACUCCAGUCCCAGUUCUCCAACGAGCCCCAAAUUUGGAAAAGCUGACUCCUAUGAAAAAUUAGAAAAACUGGGGGAAGGGUCCUAUGCUACAGUGUAUAAAGGAAAAAGCAAGGUUCAUGGGAAGUUGGUAGCUUUAAAGGUCAUCAGGCUACAAGAAGAGGAAGGAACCCCAUUCACAGCAAUUCGAGAAGCUUCCUUGCUGAAAGGGCUGAAACAUGCUAACAUAGUUCUGCUUCAUGACAUCAUUCAUACUAAGGAGACCCUGACCCUUGUGUUUGAAUAUGUGCAUACAGAUCUAUGCCAGUAUAUGGACAAACACCCAGGGGGACUUCUUCCAGAUAAUGUGAAGCUCUUCUUGUUUCAGUUGCUGCGGGGCCUGUCCUACAUUCAUCAACGAUAUAUCCUGCACAGAGACUUGAAGCCUCAGAAUUUGCUCAUCAGUGAUAAUGGCGAAUUGAAACUGGCAGACUUUGGACUUGCCCGAGCCAAGUCAGUACCCAGCCACACGUACUCCAAUGAGGUGGUUACCCUGUGGUACAGGCCUCCAGAUGUCCUCCUGGGCUCCACUGAGUACUCCACCUGCCUUGACAUGUGGGGUGUGGGUUGCAUUUUUGUCGAAAUGAUUCAAGGAGUUGCUGCUUUUCCAGGAAUGAAGGAUGUUCAGGAUCAAUUAGAAAGAAUAUUUUUGGUUUUGGGCACUCCAACAGAGGAAACUUGGCCUGGUGUUCACUCUCUACCACAUUUGAAAACAGAUCGUUUCGCACAGUAUAGUUCUAAAAAACUUCGACAUGCAUGGAAUAAACUAGAUUAUGUGCCCCAUGCUGAAGAUCUUGCUUCGAAGCUUCUGCAGUGCUUCCCAAAAAACAGACUGUCAGCUCAUGCUGCCCUGAACCAUGAGUACUUCAGUGAUCUUCCUCCGCGGCUUUGGGAGCUCCCAGACAUGUCUUCUGUUUUCAUUGUGCCCGGUGUGAAGCUGCAGCCUGAGAUAGGUGACAGUUCAAAGGUUUAUGGAAGAAGCAGCAAUCAUGGCAAAAGUUUUUUGAACCACAAACACUGAGGGAUUAUUGCCCUCACCUACAGUACAAAGGUUAACUCCAUCGCCUGUUCCAAAGAGCAGCUAAAGAAGCAGAAGAGCAAAGGAAUUCAAGAACCUAUUCUCCUAUUGUUGUAGUUAUGUUAGCAAAUGGCUGCUGUUUUUGGUACAGUUCUUUACAUUAGCAUUGUGUGGGAUUACGUGUGCUUGUACUCUGAAUCUGACAUCUUGAAUGCUAAACCACGGCAUGCAAGAACCACCUUUUUUAAAUGUAGUUUGUUUAGAGAUCCACUUUGCUGAUAAAUGAUCCAUGCUGCUUUACAGGCUCUUGUCUGUCAGUCUUUUGAUUUUCUAUACUAGGGUAGCAUUUUUGUAAAGCUCAUUCAGAUUUCACUGUUAACGCUGAAAUUCUGAAGAUUUUUUUUAACUUUUGUGGGCAUGCCAGGAAAUCCUCUGAUGUCAGGAUUACAAAGCAAUCAACAGUGGCAUGAAAGACAUUGCAUAUGUUUUACAAAAAUCAGCAUACUUUUGUAUACAGUUGAAAUGAAAUAGCUAGUGAACCACUGUGAACAUUUCUGACAGUGCUCCAGCUGGGAUCUUGCAAGGAACAUAGAUAAAUCCACAGCUGAUGGGGUGAGCUGCAGUGUUUAAAAUGGUUUGUACUAUCGUGAUGAUCAUCUGCUUAGUUUUUUAGAAGAAUACAAAAACCAUGUAUUUAAUGGAAUCUCGUUAGUUCCUAUGAGGUCUGGCCUUAAAUUUAAACCCACUUCUUUGUCAAUUCAGAUCCUGGAAAAGCAUUAUUGCUGUCUGUCUAUUCAGUUUAAACAUUCUGUGAUGGAGUGACUCAUUCGAAAAAUAUAUCUAAAAUGUGUGAGGUUGUAACCAUGUACUGGACAGGAACCAAUGUGUUCUUCAAAUACUGUUUUUGUCCUUUUUAAUUUGUGGCCUCAGACCAUCUAUUUUUCUCAGUAUUGGUAACAACACCGAACAAAUUCUAAUAUAAAGUUAAAUGUGUAAUACGCAAAAAAAAAUUACACUUGGUAAUACUGAUUAAAUGCUGCAGUAAAAUUUCUGCUUAUUUCAGUUCAUAAUGAAAUUGUAAACACAUUGCAUUUACACUCAUGAUCCCACUAUAACUAUAAAUAGAUACCUUCAGCUACAAGUGUUUUAAUGUCCAAAUUUUUAUUUGCAGCAUUUUAAGACUCUGCUUACUGUUCUAAACCUUUUCUUUGCCAUUUCACAGGCUAUUGGUUGCUAUUUUCUUUCUUAAAAUCUCUAAGGGAUUAUGUUCUGGAGUUGAGCUUAAAUAUAUUUAAUUCUGCAACAUAAUAACAGUUGCAUUUUAUUUCAUUUUAAGCCAUCUGACAAAAUCCUAUUUUCUUAUGUCCAGCCGAGAAAAGAAAAAGAUACUAGCAUUCUGAAUAUUCAAUUAUUGCAACAACAUAAUUGGAGUCUGUAGAAUAAAUAUUGUAUGAAUUGUACAUUAAACACGCACACGCCUAUAGUGUUUCAUUGCUUAUCGGCCAAGAAAAAUAUGAGGGACUGUGAACUAUUCCAAAUUUGCUGUUAAAAAUUGUUUUGAUUAUUUUAUCCAGAAAUGUGUAGCAGUAAAUGGGACAGUAGUUAAAAGAUUCAGAAUGAAGACAGAUGGACUUAAUUUUGUUUCUUUUUCCAUAAUAAUUGAACAAAACAAAUGAGGGAACUUCUCAGAUUUUCCAAUUAAUAUCUAGUUUCACACCAAAGAAGGCUUAUUUUUAUUUUAUAAUUCUUUUAUAUCCCAAUCAAAAUUCCUCUUUCCGUGAUCUUUUUCAACAUAAAAUUGCAGCCUGUCUACUUAAUACUGUUUUUGGCAGACCCCAAAUGUGAAAAGAACAUACAUACUUGCAUUCACUGUUGUGAUUGAUAACUUUCAACAUUGUAAAUGUCCUUAGAACAGUUAGCCUCAUUUGCUUAUAUGUCUGUGAGAAAAUAAAAGAUGUCACAGAAAUUUAAAUUUAGAUUCAAUCCUUCCUGACAAAGGAAAGUUAUAGUGGGAGUUGAAGUAAAAAUCUUCUUUGCAGUUUUUACAUUGUGUAAUGUGAUGAAUGACAUCAAUUUGUAAUGUUUUACUUCACCUUCCCAAAUGUCACUCAGCAUCAGCAGUUUCAUAUGCAUAACUUCCACUCUAACCAUCCCUUUGAUUGCAAGUUUAUUUUGGAUGCAUCAAUUUCUAACAGUUAUUAAAUGAACAAAUUUCAGCACAUUUUCCUGAUGCAACAUACUAUUAGUUACGUAUGAAGGUCUUGGAAAAAUUAGUGUAUAAAUGUUUUUAAAAUAAAGUUAAAAGGCAAAAAUAUUUGAGAGUAUCUUCUGAAGGUUUUUUUAAAAUCGUCUGUUAAUAUAGAUAUGUCUUUUCAAGGUCAUUAUCAAUGGUAAAUUACACAUUUACAAUACUUGUUUGUAAUUUGAUCCCUAUACAAUGUGUAUGAGACAUUAUGUUAAUUUCAUGAAUACGUUUUCUGUAAGUAUUAAAAUCAACCGAAAAAUCAAGCAAAUUGACUGUCCUGUAGCAUAGUUACUUUGUAACAGUGGUUAUGAUAGUUGAUUGAAGUGUGCUCUUUUUAUUUAUCAACCUGAUUUUUCUAUAAAAUAGUUUGCACUGUGUUUUGCUGACUUUACAAUCACUGAAAAUAUACAGCUUAGAAUUUAAAGGAAUUUAAUGGUGCACUGAGUACUUCAAUUAUGUUGGUACUUGCACAAGAAAGCAAACUCUAGGAGUUAGAAACUUUGGAAAUAUAUUAUGAAGUGAACACGUUUAUUAACUAUCUUUGUAAAUAUUAUUUUACAUGCUUUCACAGUGAUACUAUGUUGGGCAUACAAUAUUAUUUUUGAAAUUUUAUGUGACAACAAAUGUUAAUGAGCUUUAUUUGAUAACUAAUUCUCAGUCAACUAAACUUUGGUAAACAGCAAGAAUGGAGAAACAUUUAAGCAGUCACUGUGCAGCUUGUGUGAUAAUCAGUCUAGUUAAUCUGUUCGCUUCACUUGUCCGCAUCAUGGAAUGUGCAGUCUCGUAUAUUAAACUGCUAAAAUGUCCUGUGAAUAUUUAUUUUUUGUAACUUUUUGAAGAACUAUGUUCCCUGACAAAUCUUUACAAAAGAGGUGAGCAAAAGAUUAAACUGUUCCUCUCAAGUCUAAUGAUAGGUCAGUGAUUGAGAUAACCCAGUAUGCAAGGUAUCUCAGUUUUGAACGUCUCCCCAUAGUCAUUUAUAUUAAGAUCUUUGAAUAUUUAUGCUGUACUGUCUUGUAAAUUCCUUGAGCACAGAGGUAAAGGCAAGUAUCCCAAAUAUGCAUCUGUGAUGUGUUGUUCAAAGAAACUGCACAAGUACGCUUCAAUGACUUUUUGUGUGUGUGUGACGUAUCUCUUCAAUCCGUCUCCUUGACAUGCUGUAGUUUGGUACAGAGACAAAAAUAUUCAUGAAAUACAAACAAAUGGCCAACAUUAAGAAAACCUAGAAUGUAGUAAUAGUAUAUAUGUUGCAUUGUUUGUUACAAAUUAUAUGUAAUGUACUAUUACAGAUGUAUUGAUGGUAUGUCCUUCUGUAACUGUUGGUCUCUUGGUACAUGAAAAUAAAAUAUGUCUGUAUUUUAAA